AUGAACAUACAGGACACUAACUUAAACUCUACCAGUAAGGAUGGAGGAGGUUACAUGAGAAGCGCCAAUAGCAUCAUAUGCUAUGCCCCAACGAUGAUCACUACCAAUGGCAUCUGGAUGGGUGCCCAACCUCUCGAGUACUCUCUUCCACUCUUCAUCUUUCAGCUCGUCAUUGUUGUGCUCACUACUCGUGCCCUCGUUACCAUUCUUCGCCCUUUCCGUCAACCCAGAGUGCUUGCCGAGAUCUUGGCAGGAGUAGUUUUGGGGCCAACGGUUUUUGGAAGGUUUCCAGGUUUCGGUGAAACUGUGUUUCCUAUGAAGAGCUUGCUAACUUUGGAGACAGCAGCACAUAUUGGCUUGCUCUACUUCCUCUUCCUUGUGGGUGUAGAGAUGGAUGUCAGUGUCAUAAGGAGGAUGGGUAGGAAAGCAUUAGUCAUUGCCAUUGCUGGCAUGAUAGUCCCCUUCGCCAUCGGCACCUCCACUUCUUUCAUUUUUCGCAAACAAAUAUCCAAUGGCUUGCAGCAAGGCCCUUUCUUGGUCUUCCUUGGUGUUGCUCUCUCCAUGACUGCAUUCCCUGUGCUCGCUCGCAUCCUUGCUGAAAUCAAACUACUCAACACAGAGCUAGGUAGAAUAGCAAUGUCUGCUGCUAUUGUUAAUGAUAUCUUUGCAUGGGUGUUAUUAGCAUUGGCCAUUGCCCUUGCUGAGACUGAGAGGAUGGCUUAUGCUUCCUUUUUGGUCCUUCUCUCUGGAGCUGUAUUUGUUUUCUUUUGCUUUUAUUUUGUGAGGCCUUUGAUGUGGUGGAUCAUUAGAAGGAUUCCGGAGGGUGAGUCUGUGGAUGACUUCUAUGUGUGUUCUAUCCUCAUCGGUGUUAUGUUGGCCGGGUUGGUUACGGAUGCUAUUGGGAUUCAUGCGGCUUUUGGUGCGUUUGUCUUUGGGCUGGUGAUACCAAAUGGUCCACUUGGUGCAACAUUGAUUGAGAAGUUGGAGGACUUUGUGACUGGAUUACUGUUGCCUCUGUUCUUUGUGAUUAGUGGGCUGAGAACCAAUUUGAACCAGAUUCAAGAUCCAGUGGCGCUUGGGCUUCUUGUGCUUGUUUUUUUACUGGCAAGCAUGGGCAAAGUGAUGGGAACCAUUGCUGUGGCUCUUUUCUACUCCAUGCCUCUCCGGGAAGGCCUCUCUUUGGGAUUCCUUAUGAACACCAGGGGUCUUGUGGAGAUGAUCAUUCUCAAUAUUGGAAGGGAUAAAAAGGUGUUAGACAAUUCAGCGUUUGGGGCGUUGGUUCUGAUGUCGGUGCUAAUGACGGCUAUCGUGACGCCGGUGGUGACAUUGGUACACAAACCGGUAAAACGUUUGGUCGGGUACAAGCGUCGCAACCUACAACGAGCCAAGCCCGACGCCGAGCUCCGCAUGGUGGCGUGCCUCCACAACACGCGCAACGUCCCCAUGAUCAUAAGCUUGCUCGAAGCCUCCAACCCAACCAAGCGCUCGCCCAUCUUCAUCUACGCUCUCCACCUCGUCGAGCUCACAGGUCGUUCCUCCGCCAUGCUCAUCGUCCACAACAACAGCGCCGCCAAAAACGGCCGCCACCUUGGCCCCUCUCACGGCAGCCAGGCUCAAUCCGAGCACAUCAUCGCUGCGUUCGAGAACUACGAGCAGCACGCCGGCGGCGUCUCGGUCCAAACCCUCACCGCCGUGUCCCCUUACUCCACCAUGCAUGAAGACAUCUGCAACCUCGCUGAGGACAAGCAUGUCACGUUGAUUGUUCUCCCAUUUCACAAACAACAAACAGUGGACGGUGGCAUGGAGGAGACCAACCCGGCAAUCCGAACGGUUAACCAGAGUGUUCUCGCCAACGCCACAUGCUCCGUGGCCAUCCUCGUCGACCGUGGGCUCAGUGGGACCGGGAGGUCGACCACUGGGCAGCACAUGUCACACCAUGUAGCACUGCUCUUCUUCGGUGGACCAGACGACCGUGAGGCGCUGGCUUAUGCAUGGAGGAUGGCGGAGCACCCAGCCAAUAGUCUCACCGUCGUUCGGUUCAUUCCCGGAGAGGAAGCAGCAAUGAGAAGGCUAUCGAGCACUGACUCGAGAGUGAUAACCAUUGUGACUGAUACUGAGAGGGAAAGGCAAAUGGAUGAUGAGUAUCUUAAUGAGUUCAGGCUCAAGAACGUAAACGAUGAGACAGUGAUAUACAUGGAGAGGGUGGUAAAUAACAGUGAGGAGACAGUGGCUGCCAUUAGAUCAAUGGAUAGUAUUCAUGAUCUUUAUAUAGUGGGGAGAGGAGCUGGGGAGAUGGCAUCAGGAAUGCUGGCAGGGAUGAUUGAGUGGAUGGAGUGUCCGGAGUUGGGGCCGGUGGGGGAUCUGCUUGCGUCGUCGGACUUUGCGGCGACGGUGUCUGUGCUGGUGGUGCAGCAGUACGUGGGAGGAGGGACAGUGGGUGGGGAAGGAGGUGGAGUUGGGGAGAUGGGGGAGCAGCCGGUGCAACAGUACUUGAAUAAUGCGCAUAAUAGAGGAAGGAUGGUUGCUGGGACGCAUAAGGGGGUUGCUGGGAGUUUUAGUACCCCUGGUAAUUGGGACAAUGGUAGAUAA